CAAGGAGGAAUCAUGUUUUGUAAUUUUAACGUGAAACCGUCUUAUUUUUAGUUCUUUGGGAUUUUGGUUUUGACUUUAUCAAAGAUCAGUUGUCUACUGUCCACUUUUCAUUUUUGGAAGUUACUUUGAUAAAAAUUUUGUGCACAAAACUGUUCACUUUUUUAUCUACAAUUUUAUACAAUGUGGACAUUUUUGGGUGUAGCAAGUUUGACAUAUGUCUACAAAAAAUGCGACGCUCUUUUAACUUCUGCUUCAAAAGAGCUGAUAUUUGCAGCAGUGGGUUUUAUCAUGGUUGGCUUGCUUCUGACCUUUGCCAGGUACCGCGGCCAAACGUUGAUUUUAACUUUGCCGCUGAACCUCUUAUCAACGUUACCUUUAGCUAGUAAAAUCUUCCAUAAAUCAAAUAUUUCUAAUAUAAAGAACGCGGGCGGGGCGAAUAAAAAGGGAUGUGUCAAGAGGAGAAGGGCGGAAACUAAAGAAUCUCAGAAUACUGAAAGCGCCCCAGGCCACACCUCUGACGGCUCAGAUACGGAUGUUGUCAUCGUGGGUGCCGGCGUGCUGGGGUCAGCCUUGGCGGCCGUGUUGGCACGAGAUGGCCGGAGGGUCACUGUGGUGGAGAGGGACCUACAGGAACCUGACAGAAUCGUAGGAGAGCUUUUGCAGCCAGGGGGCUACCAGGCGCUCAGGGAACUGGGGCUGGAAGAUGCUGCAGAAGGCCUGGAUGCUCAUGUGAUCCGUGGGUACGUGGUCCAUGACAUGGAAAGCCGUUCGAAGGUGGAGAUUCCCUACCCCCAGCAGGAGGGUGGCGUUCAGAGCGGCCGGGCGUUCCACUACGGUCGCUUUAUUAUGGGCCUGCGCCGUGCUGCACUCAGAGAGCCCAAUGUGACACUCGUGGAGGGUACCGUGACCAGCCUGGAUGGGGAUGAGGACUGUGUGACAGGAGUCCAGUACAGGGAAAAAGACAGUGGGAAAAUCCAGGAGAUCCAUGCUCCACUGACAAUAGUUGCAGAUGGCUGUUUUUCCAAGUUCCGCAAGAACCUUGUGUCUGGGAAGGUCGAGGUCUCUUCCCAUUUUGUUGGAUGCUUAAUGAAGGACUGUCCACAGUUUAAGGCCAACCAUGCAGAGCUGGUGUUGGCAGACCCCAGUCCGGUACUGAUCUAUCAGAUCUCCUCUAACGAGACCAGGGUUUUGGUGGACAUCAGAGGAGAGAUGCCCAGGGACCUCACAGGAUACAUGGUGGAGAACAUUCAUCCUCAGCUCCCAGAGCACCUCCAGGAGCCCUUCAUGGUGGCCCUGCAAAACGAGCGGCUGAGGGUGAUGCCUGCCAGCUUCCUGCCUCCUUCACCAGUCAAUAAACAAGGGGUCCUGCUCUUGGGAGACGCCUACAACAUGCGCCAUCCGCUGACCGGAGGAGGGAUGAGCGUGGCGCUCAACGAUGUCCGCAUCUGGAGAGCUCUUCUCCGAAACAUCCCCGAUCUCUACGACGACUGUGCGGUGCUACAGGCAAAGAAAAGAUUCCACUGGGAGCGCAAGUCAUCACACUCCUUUGUCGUGAAUGUGCUGGCCCAAGCCCUCUACAGGCUCUUCUCUGCUACAGACAGCUCUCUGCACCAGCUUAGAAGAGCCUGCUUUCACUACUUCAAGCUGGGCGGGGAGUGCAUCAACGGGCCCGUCGGACUACUCUCUGUGCUGACUCCCAAACCCUUGACUCUGAUUGGACACUUCUUCGCCGUGGCCUUGUACGCCGCCUACUUCAGCUUCAGGUCAGAGUCGUGGCUGACGAAGCCGCGGGCCCUGCUGAGCAGUGCCGCCAUCCUGUACCGCGCCUGUGCCAUCAUGUUUCCCCUCAUAUACUCUGAGCUCAAGUACCUGCUGUACUGAGAUCAGUUGAUGUGACCAGCCCAAGGACAAUCAGCCAACACGCUCCAUGAGGCCUAUUUCCAUAGAAACGCCUCGUACCUUUGAUCUAAAAGAUCUAUUUAAUUAGAGCAAUUAGAGCUUUAGAGUUUUAUAUUUAAAAUGGACAGUGUCCUUUCAACAGCUGAAUAGUUCACUUGGUUGUCCUAAUGGAUGGAAAUGUCACUUGUGUUCUGCUUAUGAUUAAAAUAUCUGGUGUUGAGGAGGAAUUGUGCUAUAAUCUGCUCUGAAAGCAUGUCACAUGUAAAAUAGUUGCUGUUAGAGACUGGCAUACAACUCUCUUUGGGACUGUCAAUCACCUCAAACUCCAAUACAAUAUGAAAUUUGUGGAAAAAUAUUUGUAAUUCAAACAAGCUGUAUUAUUCUUGUGUAGACUCUGUACAUAACAUUCAGAAGGCUGGAAAAAUAUCCAUAUAAUAUCCUGCUGUGUAUGACUGUAUAUGUGAUUUUCCUUAUUAUGAAACCAUAAUUAAUUACCAAGUAAUUAAUUAAAUAAUUAAGUGCUUAGUAC